CCUAGAAAGCUAACGUUCGUCAAAAUGACGACUACUGGCAACAUUUUUCUAUCUCCCUCUAACACCGGUUAGCUUACGCACGUGAUGUUUUGGGCCAACUCAGUGACCGCCUAGCUGCGACGCGUGGCACUCGUGCGCAUCCGUGAACCAUGGCGGCGAGGUCGAUUAUCACCGAUGCAGAAAUAGUUGCGGCACUCGAAAAUGAAGAGUAUGACGAUUUGUCUGACAGUGAGACUGAGGAUAAUUUAUUAGUGGAUGAUGUGGAAAGCGACUACCAAGAUGAACCUGUGAACGAAGAACCUGAACACGUUUCUUCAUCAUCUUCAGACGGUGAAGGGCCACAUGAAAAUCCAUCCAACGCCAAUCCACCCAGUACUCGACAACACGAAGGUUCAUCAGCAUCCAGUAAUAUCAUUACCUUAUCUCAAAGUAGUAUUCGAGGCAAAAAUCGUCAUACUUGGUCUACUAGAAAAGGACAGACAUCAUCGCGAACUUCAGUUAUAAAUAUUGUCCGUAUGGCAAGAGGGCCAACCAGAUCAGUGAAAAAUAUUACAGAACCCCUAGGAUUGUUUGAAUCUUUUCUGACGGAUGAAAUUUAUGGCGAAAUACUAAAAUGGACCAAUGUUGAAAUAGCCAUCAGGAAACAAACCUAUAAGACUGAAACUUCAACUCAAAAUAACGUUUGCAAAGAAGAACUGAAAGCUCUUUUCGGUAUAUUUAUACUGGCAGCUGCUCUCAAGGAUAACCAUCUCACAAGUGAUGAAUUGUUCAGUACAGAAUUUUGCGGUACUCGCUACGUAUCUUGUAUGAGUCGUGAAAGGUUUGAUUUCCUUGUAAGGUGCAUUCGAUUUGAUGAUCGUGAACUAAGAAUUCAAACCAUCGAGUCUGAUCCACUCACACCUAUACGAAAAAUAUGGGAUAUUCUCAUGGUGCAGUGUCGAGAAAACUAUAUUGCUGGUACCAAUGUAACUAUUGAUGAGCAACUGCUGGCAUUCCGAGGACGCAGCAAAUUCAAAAUGUAUAUCCCCAAUAAGCCAGCGAAGUACGGCCUGAAAAUUGAAAUGAUGUGUGACAGUGGUACUCGUUAUAUGAUUGAUGCUUUGCCAUAUCUCGGAAAAGGAACUAAUACAGGAGGAUUACCUCUCGGAGAAUAUGUUGUCAAGGAGAUUACUCGCAGCAUUCAUGGAUCAAACAGAAACGUUACAACUGACAACUGGUUUACGUCUAUCCCCUUAGCCAAAAGUUUGCUACAGCAACCUUACAAGUUAACUAUUGUCGGAACUUUGCGGGCAAACAAAAGAGAAAUACCAGAGGCCAUGAAGAAUAAUAGAACUAGAAGAAUCGGAACUUCCAUAUUUUGCUAUGAUGGGCCACUUACGCUUGUAUCAUACAAACCUAAGCCAAGCAAGAUGGUUUACUUGGUGUCCUCGUGUGACGAAGAAGGAACUGUGAAUCCCACGAACAAUAAACCAGAGAUCAUAAAUUUUUAUAAUUCAACGAAAGGUGGGGUAGACACAUUUGAUCAGAUGUGUUCAAAUAUGUCUUGCAAUCGUAAAACUAACCGAUGGCCCAUGUGCAUGUUUUACGGAAUGCUGAAUAUAUGUGGAAUAAACUCCUACAUUAUCUAUUGUCAUAACGUUUUGACAUCUGGAGGAAAGCCUUUAUCCCGAAGAAGCUUUAUGAAAAAGCUACAUGAACAACUCGUAGAACCAUGGCUAAAACACAGGCUCGAAACACCAACGAUGACACGAAAAAUAAAGGACCUAAUACGAGAUGUGCUCAGCACCAAGCAAGUUACUCAAGACCCAAUUGACCACGCACCUGGUCCAUCAGACAGUAGAAGUUCUCUGACGUCUGGAGACACAACAGCAAAGAAAAGAAAGACCUGUGGUGUGUGCUCCUAUAAAAAGAGGCGCAUGACGAAGAACAGUUGCAGCAAUUGCAACAUACCUAUAUGUGGUGAACAUAACAUUGACUUUUGCCCAACUUGUGCCAAAAAAAACUAAGUUCCUAUUGUUGUUUUUCUUUCAUUAUGUUGUAAUGUUAUUAGUUUAUAAGAAGAAAAGUUUAGUUUAUUUUUAGUUUUUUGUUUUUUUAGUUUUAAGAAGCAA